CGGAAAAAACGACAAUGAUAUUAGAAAAGAGGUACUCGGAAAAUUACAAUAUAGAUAUCACAACACCAGGAAAAGUUUAGUAAUAGCAAAGUCACAGCCCUCGGAAAAAGGAACAGCGAAGUCGUUGAAACCGAAUACUUCCCAUCAACACUAAACUAAGCCACGUUCAGUGCCACCUUCUCAGACUUUCGAACGAAUCUUUCUCAAUUAUUUUGUUCUCCCCCUUCUAUUUGUCUCUGUCACCCUCGGUGCCUUGUCGUGACCACCAAACCCCAACCUACUCCCUUUUCUCCUUGGAAAUUAUUCCCCCACGCCACCGAACUCUCCAUAUACUAAGCUCCCAAGGCUUAAAACAUCCAGCCAUUGUGCCAGCCAUUGCACUGCCCCAUUACUACAAUGUCCUCCCCCUCCUACAUUUCCAUCACUCAAAAUCUCAUCUCUCUCAAACCAUUGCUAAAAUCGCCCAAAACCUCCUUAAGUCAUAAGCUUCUUCUUCCAACCCCUCGUCAAGCCAGCCGCUACUUUAUCCCCCUGCUAGCCUUCUGGGCCCUCCUCAACAUCUCCCAACUCCUCCUCUCUCCCCCUCCUUCCUGCUCUCGCCACCUCCACCACCAUCACCUGCGCCAGACCGCCCAAAACCUCGAUAACUUCUGGAAGUGGGCGUACUCAGGGGUGCCGAACGUCCGGCCAUGCCUGGAUUUCAGCAAGUCAUACCGCAAUUCCUCCUUAAAGAAACGUAGUGCAAAAUAUAUGAUGGCCGUGGUCUCGGGAGGACUCAACCAGCAGAGGAACCAGAUCAUCGACGCCGUCGUCGUCGCUCGGAUCCUCGGGGCGGUGCUCGUCGUGCCUGUGCUUCAGGUCAACCAAGUCUGGGCCGAUGAAAGUGAGUUUGGCGAUAUAUUCGAUGUUCAGCAUUUCAAGGAGACGCUGAAGGAUGACGUGGCGGUGAUCUCGUCACUGCCGUCGACGCAUUUGGGAAACCGGCGAGUGAGGGCGCCUGUGAUGCCUUUCAACGCCGACGAGAAUUGGGUUCGAAAGAACUACGUGCACAAGCUUGGCAGGGAAAGUGUCCUGCUCCUUCGAGCUUUCGAUUCAAGACUCACAAAGGACCUCAAUCCUGAUCUGCAAAAGCUUAGAUGCAAGGUGGCUUUUGAGGCACUAAAAUUCCAACCCUGGAUUCAAGAAAUAGCAGACAGGUUUAUUCAGAGGAUGAAAGAGGAUGGACCAUACAUGGCUUUGCACCUCAGGCUAGAAAAGGAUGUGUGGGUAAGGACUGGGUGUCACUCGGGCUUGGGCAAAGAAGCAGACCUUGUGAUUGCAAACGAACGUGCCUCCAAACCCCAGUUCCUCACCUCCCGUUCUAAGCUCACGCCCCAGCAGCGCUAUCAUGCAGGUCUUUGCCCCCUUAAUGCCAAUGACACUUCCAGGCUGCUCAAAGGGCUCGGUGCAUUGAGGAAGACAAGGAUCUAUUGGGCUGGUGGUGAGCCAUUUGGAGGCCAGGAUGCACUUAAACCUUUACAAUCCCAAUUCCCCAACCUAUUCAAUAAAUGGAGCCUAGCAAGACCAGGUGAACUUGAUGGAAUCAAGCGUAAACCAUCUGUUAUGGCAGCAUUGGACUAUGCAGUGUGUCUCGAGAGUCAGUUCUUCAUGGCAAGCCAUGGAGGAAACAUGGCACGCUCAUUGCAGGGGCAACGAACUUAUAUGGGUCAUGGAAAACACAUCAGGCCAAACAAGAAGCUACUAGUAAAACUUUUCAUGGAGAAGGGACUAAGUGAUGAUGAGAUGGAGAAAAGAAUAAAGCAAAUGCACACAGUUUCAUUAGAUGGAGCAUCAUUCCUGAGAAAUAAUACCAGCAUAGAUGUAAUUGGAUUCCCUAUUCCAUAUUGCAUGUGUAGUAGAGAAAGGACGAGUUUUACUUCAGUGCAGAAGUAAUAUUGUUACAUGUGUUAUCAUAGAGGGUGUUGUACAUAUUACUGAGACUUUUGGAAUAUAUUCACAUUCUUUGAAGUUGGCACA